UAGAAUACUUUUUUUGUGCCUUUAGAUACUAUUUCAGAGAGAUCAAAAUAAAAAGAUUUUGAUCUCCUGUCCCUGUAGUAACUGGUGGCAAAUAAUGUGGGCAAACCUUUCAUGUUUAAUUUUUUUUUUGGAGAACGGCAAAUGCUUUGUGCUAAAAAAUAAAACCUCAAUAGUUAAAAAUCCUUUUGCUACAGUGUAUAUAUAGUUUACAGAUAAUUGUGGUAUGUUGUUUUCAGAUCUCCAACCAAUUAAGUCAUGUCAACAAUAAAGUCAGACAACACAAACUCACAUAAUCACCGUGGCUACAUUCAGAAUUUAAGCCCCAUUAAACGCUCACGAAAUCAAAAUCAGUGGUUCGAUUUUGACCUCCAAACCAGCCCAUCCAAGUUGAGAAGAGUUGUGGGAUUUAAUAUUGCAAGCCACUCAACAUUACAAGAACAUGAGGCAUCAAAAACAGCCAUAACCCUUCAAAACAUUAAGAAAAAUGACAAUAAUCAAAUCAUAUUCAACCAACAAUCAAUGGUCAGGGUUGCGCCAACCUUUGACAUUGAUUUUGACUAUCAGCCCAUCCGUCAAUCUCAAAAGACUGUACCCUCAGCUCAGCCUGCCAAAAAGAGUACACUUGAAGAGCUCCCCACACUUCAAGUCAAUCAGAAAGUGAACGUCACUGCUUCAAUUUCACUGGGAAAUGAAAAGCCUAAACCAGUUCAACUGAAAACAUCAAAGGAGAUGACAUCAGUGAAGGAGGAUUGUGUUCUAGAAGAUGAAACUGGAACUGCAACUAUUCAUAUAUGGGAUCCACUUAUUAACAAGAUCAAAAGUGGCACCACAUAUGUGAUUGAGAACCUUACUGUAAAACACUUCCAAGGAAUCACCCGUUUAGGAACAACACGUGCAACAACCUUUCAAGAGGUCGAUCAGCAGCUGAAAACUCUAAAUGGCCCUGCAUUACUCCAAAAUCCUGAGAAAGAAGCAAAAGUACAGAGAUUUAAGAUGAUAAACAAACUAAGUAUUUUUAUUACCUGCCAAGCAUGCAAACGAGAAAUGAACGAAAUGUCCCAACAGAAAUCACUCAAAUGUAAAAACUGUGGAGUACGACAGAGGCAAGCAGAGUGCAAGCGAGAUGCAUCUGUGCAACUACAUUUACAGAUGUUCUGGAGUCCCUAUUCGCCACCCACCCAACUAUCUCCCUACUAAGUGACUCAGAUACCAUUGAGGAACUGCUAAUGGAUAUAACAGACAUCGAGUUCACAUACAAUAUGAACAGAAAAGUAAUCACAAAAAUAUCAUCAUCUUCACUAAUUACAGGUUAAACUGCUCUGGAUAGUGUUCUUACUACAAACUUUACAAAGGAUCAUUUGAUCAAAACAUUCAGUUUCGUUCUUUAUUCUUUCAUCUCAUUUUGGACCAAAAUUAAUAAUAAUAUAAUUACAAUGUUCUUUUUGGUUGCGAUUUUACAAUAAUUAUCAACUAUUUGCACUUUCAAGUUGUUAGUUGUGUUACAUGAAAUAAUAUUAAACAGACAAAUGCUUUAGUAUGUUUCUGUUCAGAAAGAUGUAAGUACAUAUGACCCCAUUCUUUAUGUGGAACAAGGGAAUAACUGUCCUUAUGCCUAAAAAAAGAAAACUUUCCCAUCUUAAUGGCAACCACCAUUUUAUAACAACCAAAAACGUUGUCUCCCCACCUUCCUGCAACAAUCGCUUUACUUCAUAUAUAGGACUACCCUGUGAGCAGAGUCUCCAGCACCUAAUAUGUGCAAAUAUGUUUUAAAAAACGUUAUGUAACACUUGUAAAAUUGACAUUCAAAUGUAUUCAACAUUAAUCAAUAAAUGGUUCAGAUUUUCAAAAAACAAAUGUUUCUUACUGAUACCUCCCUCUGCAAAGCUGAUUUUAUUCUUUCAAAAAGAUACUUCAUGACAUUUCAAACUUUUAUAUAGCGCUUUGUAAAGCAACAGGAAUAUGAGAACCAAGUCUUGUCUGCAACCUUGAUAGAUUCAUAACACCUUUUCAACUAAAUGAUCCUUGCAUUGGGAGGGGACCCGAGAAACUCUCAAAUGCAAAAUAGGCAUUUUUUGCUUGUUGGCACUCUAUUGAUAGGUAUACCUAGUAUGUAGGUAGGCAGGUGUGCGUGUUUAUUCAUCAACUAAAUUACUUUUUGGAGUAAUAGUUUCUUUUAUGUAUGCAAAACUUUGAAGCUAAGACUAAUAACAAGUUUUGAAAAAAUAUGGAACAUUUCCAUUUGUUAUUUCAUUU